AUUAUUUACCCUGUGCUUCAUAAAACGCAAAGUGUCUGAUUCGUCGUGUUUGUCGAUACCUGUAAUUACACUUACAAUUUACAAUGCCGCUAGAAAAUUUAGAAGAAGAGGGUUUGGAAAAAAAUCCAAACUUGGAGCUGGCUCAGACUAAAUUUUUAUUGAGUUUACCGGAACACAAGGAUGAUCCAUUCUUAAAGCAAAAAUUGUUAGAUGCCAUUAAAGCAGAAAAUAUGGCCCCAUUUUACGAAGAAGUCUGUAAAGACUUGGAUUGGCCCAUCGAUGAAGAACUUUUAUCUACUAUGAAGGCUAAAAAUACGGAGCAGUUGAAAGUGUUAGAUGAUGCUAUCGAUGAUGCUGAGAAAAAUCUAGGUGAAAUGGAAGUUCGGGAAGCUAAUCUUAAAAAGUCAGAACACCUGUGUAGAAUAGGUGAUAAAGAAGGUGCCAUUUCAGCGUUCAGAAAGACUUAUGAUAAAACUGUGUCAUUAGGACAUAGAUUAGAUAUUGUUUUUCAUAAUAUUAGAAUUGGAUUAUUUUAUUUGGAUCAUGAUCAUAUCACUAGAAACAUUGAGAAAGCUAAGAGUUUGAUAGAAGAAGGUGGUGAUUGGGACAGACGAAAUCGUCUAAAAGUGUAUCAAGGAACGUAUUGUAUAGCAGUACGUGAUUUUAAAGAAGCUGCAAAUUUCUUCCUGGAUACUAUUAGUACAUUUACAAGCUAUGAGCUUAUGGAUUACAAUACAUUUGUUAGAUACACAGUAUAUUUAAGCAUGAUAAGUUUACCUAGAAAUGAACUUAGAGAUAAAAUUAUCAAAGGUUCAGAAAUUUUGGAAGUACUUCACAGUAAUCAAGAUGUUAAAGAUUAUUUAUUUUCUCUCUACAAUUGUCACUAUGCUGACUUCUUUAAAAAUCUAGCGCACGUGGAAGGUUUAUUGCGCCGGGAUUAUUUAAUAUUUCCUCAUUACCGAUAUUAUGUUAGAGAAAUGCGUAUUCUAGCGUAUACGCAACUUUUGGAAUCCUACAGAUCUCUGACCCUUCAGUACAUGGCAGAAGCAUUUGGUGUCACAGUAGAAUAUAUUGAUCAAGAACUAUCACGUUUCAUUGCGGCAGGAAGAUUGCAUUGCAAAGUUGAUCGUGUUGGUGGAGUAGUUGAAACUAAUAGACCAGACAGUAAAAAUUGGCAGUAUCAAGCUAUGGUCAAACAAGGAGAUCUAUUGCUUAAUAGGGUGCAAAAAUUGUCGCGUGUUAUUAAUAUUUAAUUAUACAAAGAAUAAACCAUAAUGAUUUAAUAUAAAAUUUUGGAACCUA